GCCCCUCCUCGCUUUCGUUCGCUUUGCGCUUUUUGAGUUUAAAAGAAAAGAAGAAAGCGGCCUUGCCCACGUUUCAAACCAUCUUGAAGAAGGAGAUCGAGAGGCAUUCCUACGGCACCGUCUUUUUUUCCCGAUUCUCCUGUUCUUGUUUGUGACUUGUGAGUGAGAGCGGGAUCCGACAUCCGAGGAGAGGUCGAGGCCGGGCAAAGUCGAAGUCCGCGCUCCGGCCUCCAGCUGACGAAGCAGGGUCUCGUUUGCUUUUUUUCUUCUCUCGCAACCUUUUGGGACUAUUUGUUGCUGGUAUACUCUGUUCAGCAUCAUUACUUGAACCAGAUUUGCAAUUAGCGCUGCAUUGGCAACUACGCUGGCCCAUGGAUGCACUGUGACGCGCUGGCCCAUGGUGAGCUUCUGAUGCCAAUUAGGACUAAACAUGCUUCCUCGCUGCGCUCAAGUGGGAGAACAAGAAAUCAGCCUAGACACUAGUCAUCUGCUGCAAGCAGAAAAUGCACCCUUAUUCACUUAAGAGUUCCAAGGGAGCACCAAUUCUGCCACGGCCAGUCUUCGUUUUCUUCAUCGCGACAUUUGGUUUCUAUGUAUGCUAUCUCUCCUUCAAUCAGAUAACGCUAGAGAACAACAGAGAGGGGAAUAGUCGAGAAGAACAAAGGGACGAUAUUUGCAGAAAGCCUUAUGUGCCGUAUGAGGAGCUCAGUUAUGUGCACUUUCCAAAACCUACAAGUUAUAGCAGGGGGGAGUGCUCGUGUACUCCUGUUCGGUUCUUUGUAAUCGUGUCUAUGCAAAGAUCGGGAAGUGGAUGGUUUGAGACCUUGAUGAAUAGUCACCCUAACAUUAGUUCCAAUGGCGAAAUCUUUAACAGAAUGGAUAGAAGAGAAAAUAUAUCGUCUAUCUUACAAACGCUUGAUACGCUGUAUAAUUUGGACUGGCUCACCAGCGCCGCUAAGAAUGAGUGCACAGCUGCAUUUGGACUGAAGUGGAUGCUUAAUCAGGGAAUUUUGGAAAACCCUGAAGAUAUAGUUAGUUAUUUGAACAAGAAGGGUGUCUCCGUGAUAUUUCUGUUCAGGAGGAACACAUUGCGCAGGCUUGUAUCUGUGCUGGCCAACGACUAUGACAAAGAUGCAAAGCAGUUGAAUGGAACUCACAAGUCUCAUGUUCACUCAAAAGAAGAGGCUGAGAUAUUAGCAAAAUUCAAACCACAUCUGGAUACGUCGACUCUAAUUACAAACAUCAGAAACAUCGAGAAGGCCAUCAGAGAUUGCUUGGACCACUUCAAGAGUACGCGGCACAUGAUCCUCUAUUAUGAGGAUAUAAUCAGCAACAGCAAUGCAUUAUCCCGGGUGCAAGAGUUCCUCAGGGUCCCGGUGAGGAGGCUGAUGAGCCGGCAGGUGAAAAUUCACACGAGGCCUCUUCCGGACCUUGUCAAGAACUGGGAGGAAGUUAGCAGCAAACUGAACGGGACAGAGUUUGCUCACUUCCUUGAUGGUUCAGAUUAUGCCAAGUGAUGGACGGCAGGUUAUUCGCAUUUGGAGUUGUAGUUGCAAACAUGCUUUAGAAUUCUUUUGUACAGAUGAGUUUGUAAAGAGCAAGGCAUGAAGACAACAGAUGACGAUCACAAGUGCAGAUGGAAUCGUAGAAAAUAUUCCUAGUUUUCUCCUUUUUUUUGUAUUGUUAUUACGACUGCCAAUAAGAUUGCGGCCAAGAAUAGCUGGCUUCUGACUAUCAGAUCAGACAAUUCUGGACCAAAGAUAAUAACGUUUCGGCAUCAUAUUAGCAGCGGGUAUACCCCCGAACAACUUAC